AUGACUUUCCUCACUGCUGAGAGACUUCUCAGACUUGCAUACCACUACCCAAGACUACAAAACACAUGGUUUUUGGUCGCAACUGCCGCUUUACUUGAAUUGAAUCUUGUUGAGGAAAUACCGGCUAUAUUACAUUUUGCACUUCGGCAACAAUUGUUUGAGUUUUGCAGUGAUGAAGAGAAAGUCGUCAGCAAUGAGUACAUGAUCAGGUUGGCCAAUGAUUCCAUAAAAUCUAGUCAGAGAUGUAUUAAACUUCAUUCUAUGGGAGUUAGAAUACCUGACAUUUUGAUCCCAGGAACUUAUUACAAACUCAUUCCUUUGAAUUACAAAUACACUCGCGGUGAAGACAUUAGGAGAAAACAACAGUUCAUUGUCAAACAAAUGCGUGAGGUGAUCUUAAAGUUAAGUUCGCUUUGUGGGCUCCCCAAAGCAAUCAAUGGAUUGUCAAGUUUAAAAUCUGCCACUCCGGCAACUUUCUCUCAGGAGUUCACUACUAGACCUAAUGAAGUCAAGAUUGAUCAAAAUGACCCGAAUGGUAUAGAAACAAUUGAUGGACCUAUAUCUGCGAAAUCAGUUGAUACAGGAAGGGUAAAGUCGAACUUACUAAGAGGUUCAGCAUUUUGGAACACGGUUUUUUCCAACGAUAUAAACAAGAGAAUUAAGAAUCAAAUGAUUGAUGCAUACCCAGACUUAUGGUACUUUACCUACCAGCAUAUCUAUUCACCCUUGUUGAGUUAUACUGAUAUAUUGACGGCAAAGAAAACAUCGUUGGUUAUAGUUGCAUGUUUGAUACCACAAAAUGUGGAGCCUCAAUUGAAGGGUCACUUGAAAGGUGCACUUAACAAUGGGGCAACUAAGGAGGAGAUAUCCAGCACGAAAGAGCUUGUUUUAGAGGUUUGUCUGUGGCGAGAAACAAGAAAUGUACAAGAGAACGUCGUCAAACUAUGA